CUGGACUCUAACAGUGUUGGAUGACUGAAUACACAUGCAUCAUGUAACAAAUGCUGAAAAUUCAAAUGGAUAUACACAAAGUCGAAAAGCCGUUCACGUGUGAGGUCUGUGGAGCUGGUUUGUCACGAAAAUCUCAUUUAAAGCGUCACAAGAGAAUACACACAGGAGAGAGGCCAUACAAAUGUGGGAUAUGUGGGGCGGAUUUUACUGAUGGAACUGUUCUGAUAAGACACGUGAGAAUACAUACUGGAGAGAAGCCAUACAAGUGUGAGAUGUGCUGUGCUGAUUUCUGUCAAAAAGGUGAUUUACAGAAACAUAUAAGAAUACACACGGGGGUAAAACCAUACAACUGUAAUACAUGCGGUGCUGCUUUCUCCGAGAAAGGUAAUUUGCAGGCACAUAUAAGAAUACACACCGGAGAGAAGCCAUUCAAAUGUGAGACAUGUGACGCUUCUUUCUCACGCAAAUGUUCUUUAAAUAUACACGUAAGAAUACACACUGGAGAGAAGUCAUACCUGUGUAAAAUAUGUGGUGUUGCUUUUUCGGUGAAAUCGUAUUUACAAAAACAUACACGAAAACACACAGGCGAGAAGACAUUUAGGUGUGAGACAUGAGGUGCUGCUUACAAUCAGAAGGUUGAUUUACAGAAACAUUCAAGCAUACACACUGGAGAGUAGCCAUUCAAGUGUGGUACAUGUGAUUUACCUUUCCCUUGAAAUGGUAAUUUACUGGAACAUAUAAGAAGACACUCAAGAUAGAAGCCAUAUAAACAAAGUGGAGGUGAUUUACAGAAGCAUUUACGGAAACACACCGAAGAGAAGCAAUUCAUGUGUGAUACUAGUCACAUUAGUGAUGCUGCUUUUUAUCAGAAUGGUGAAAUGCAGAGACAUAUAAGAAUUCACCAACAAGAGAUGCUGUGAAGGUUUUGUUUUCUCUCUGAAAUGGGGUGGGGGUGAGCUUAUUUACCCUCGCCAUCGGGUUAUACCCAUUCGGCGAGUACUUCUGAAAAGUAAUUUGCAUGACUAUUUAAUAAUCCAAACAUUUAAGAAGCCAUUCAAUUGUGUGACAAGGAGAAAAGCCAUUCAAUUGUGUGACCAGGGGAGAAGCAAUUCAAGUGUGUGACCUGUUUGGCCAAUUUCUGUGAUUUACAAAAACAUAUAUAAGAAAACAUACAGGAGUAAAGCUUUGCAAGUGUAAGAAAAAUAGAGCUGCUUUCUCACAGGAAGUUUGUUUAUAGAAAAAUAUACCAAUACACGUGGGAGAGAAUCUAUACAAUUGUGAGAUGUUUGACGCUGAUUUUCCCCCUAAUAUUCACAGGAGAGGAGCCUUUCCUGUUCUAAAUUUCAUUGAGUAGGGCUUGUUGAAAGUUUCUGAUUCCAGACACUAGUGUAAUAGUUUGGGCUUUUUCAUUUCAUUUUAAAACGUUCGUAGUGCAAAACGUGUUGCUUACGAUUUUAACUUGCUUAAGCGUUAGCCUGAGUUUGUGGCGAGUUAUGAGAGCCUAAAACAUUUAUCUAAUGCAUGUUAUUUAUAAAUCUGAAAUAAAGUUAUUUUGUCUA